CUCACAGCUACCCAUUCUGCUGGAGGUCUGAUUCCCAUUCCACCUCUUCAUUCCAAUAGAAUAUUUCAAUAUUUCUUACUGUUUCCUUUAAAUAGAUAUUUCAAUAUUAUCUCUAUUGUUUUUCUCAUAAAUAGAUCGGAGACCCCACUGAUCUACAGAGCUGUUCCCAGUUGGUUCAUAAGAGUUGAGAUGAUAGUACAGCAGCUCCUCGAGAACAACAACAAAUGCUAUUGGGUACCGGAGUUUGUGCAGGCCAAGAGAUUUGCCAACUGGCUGACAAACGCCAGGGACUGGGCUGUGUCCCGAAACCGAUACUGGGGCACCCCCAUUCCAAUAUGGGCCUCUGAGGACUUCUCCGAGGUGGUGUGUGUGGGUUCGGUUGAAGAGCUGGAGCAGCUGUCGGGAGUCAGGGUGUCCGACCUUCACCGCGAAAAUGUGGAUCACAUCACCAUACCCUCCUGUCGAGGAAACGGAGUUCUGAAGAGAGUGUCUGAAGUUUUCGACUGCUGGUUUGAGAGUGGCAGCAUGCCAUACGCACAAAGCCACUAUCCGUUUGAAAACAAGAAGGUCUUCGAGACGACGUUUCCAGCUGACUUCAUCGCGGAGGGAGUGGACCAGACCCGGGGAUGGUUCUACACCCUCCUCGUUGUCUCCACGGCGCUCUUCAACAAACCUCCCUACAAGAACCUCAUCGUCAACGGUCUCGUGUUGGCAAGCAAUGGACAGAAGAUGAGCAAGCGACUCAAGAACUAUCCGGAUCCCAUGAACGUCGUCAAGGACUACGGAGCCGACGCCCUCCGUCUCUACCUCGUUAACUCCCCCGUCGUUAGGGCGGAGUCACUCCGGUUCCAGGAGAAGGGGGUUAAAGAUGUGGUGAAAGACGUGUUCUUGCCGUGGUUCAACGCUUACCGGUUCCUCAUCCAGAAUGUCCUGAGACUAAAACAGGAAGAAGGGAUAUCAUUUGUCCACACUGCUGAUUUCUCUCCUGCCAACACCAUGGACCGAUGGAUCAUCUCCUUCACCCAGAGCCUCGUCUUCUUCAUGAAGGAAGAGAUGGCCAAGUACAGGCUGUACUACUGUGGUUCCUCGACUGGUGAAAUUCAUCGACCAGUUGACAAACUGGUACGUCCGGUCCAACAGGAAACGAAUCAAGGCGCCGCAUCGCGUGAGACAGAGACACGCUGCGAGCUACCGUCAGACGACGUCCAGCAGGGUGAACUGGGGAAACACGAGUGUCUCGAUUCCAUGCACACCCUGUUCUCCGUACUCUAUUCCAUGACGAGGAUGUUGGCUCCGUUUACUCCGUUUCUCACCGAACACAUGUUCCAGAACCUCCGACAUCUGUUGCCGUGGGAACUGAACGACAGUAACGCCAGUCUCCACUACAUUAUGAUGCCCAAACCAAGGCCUGACCUGAUUGACAAGGAGAUAGAACGAGCCGUUUCUCUGAUGCAGAGCGUCGUGGAAACCGGUCGCUACAUAAGAGACAAAGUAGUAGUACCAAUCAAGUUCCCCCUCCCAGAAGUUGUGGUGAUCCAUCGAGACCCUGGUAGCCAUGACGACCUCAAAAAACUGGAAAACUACAUUCUCGAGAUAUCGUACGCGGUCGCAGAGUCUCUGUCUUCUCGUUACCAUGCCCACGCGAGUGGGACCCUCCUCGUUCUGCUGGACGCGACUCCCUCCCAGGAGAUGGUGGAUGAGGGAGUGGCACGGGAAGUCAUCAACAAGAUUCAGAAACUCAGAAAAAAGGCGGGGUUGCAACCACGAGAUGCCGUUGAGGUCCUGUACAAAGUGGGCGGAGAAGGGGGUGGAGCCUCGCUAACGAGGGUGAUUGAAAAUCACAGGGAAUACAUCGAGACCACGACCAAAGGUCCGGUGAACCCAUGGACUUCGACCUCUGACCUCUCCCACAAGAUCGUUGAGGAGGAACAGAAGAUGAAAGGCCUGGCUGAUGUCAUGCUGCACCUGUGGAUCAUUCCCAAACCAGAGUCUAGCUCUGGGACCAAUUCCAUUCCAUUGGUGGACCCGGUUCCAAACGGAGAUGGUCCCAUUCCAGUCUGUCGCUAUGUCAACCUCGUCCUCUUCUUACCUCCCGGUCCAACCCUACGACCAGCUGGUUUACUAGCCACUCUACUAUUAGAGAAUCCAGUGGGAGAAAAUAUACUGACUCUCAACCAGUUGAAAACAGAGGUGUGCAAUUUGCUGAAGAGCUAUCUCAAUAGAGACCUGCACAUCUGGGUGGUUGCCGGGGGCAACACAGAGCCGGUGACAUCAUCAUGUGACCUGCUCUCUUUGCACAGACAGACUUGUACAUCAGUGAGGAGGUCCGGACCUCUCCCAGUGGAUUGCGGGUUCCCUCCAACUGAGCCACUCACUCCAUUUUCAAAGUUUGUUGACGUUACCCUUGACAACGGCCGCCAGGCAACCGUUAUGCUGGAGAACCCAAAAGGGGUUAAAAUCAUUGCUGAAAAAGACGCUAAAAUUGUUGCCAAGCAACUGUUUUGAUUUCAAUAGGAAUUUACACCUUGGAUGAUUAUCAUAGGGUUGAGGUUUUUCAAUUAUUUGAUGAUGUAAGAAUGAUGUCAUCUCUGAAACAUGUCUCUGAGAACUUUUAAACUGUCUUUAUAGCGGUCUUGCUCUGCUUGAGAUGUAGCUGUCCAUCUGGAACGAAUGGUCUUCCAUCUCUGAAGAUGCUGUUCCUUGUAGUCUUGUACCUCUCCCUCUCCUUCCUGUCCGUUCUCACUUGCACCUG